CACGAGUACACGACUGGGCUAGCAUCAGUCUUGGCUGUUCACUCGCUUGAACAGCAACACGGCAGCAACACUAACUCUCUCUCGUAGAUCUUAGAAAUUUUAAAAAAUCUCGUAAAUCUUUGAAAGUGUAAAAAAUCUCGUAGAUCUUAGAAAGUGUAAAAAACAACUCCAUCAGUGUAUAACAUAAACUUUCUGCCGCAGUAGUGAACUUUGAUCAACCUUCAGCCACAGUACACUCCAAAGGAGCACUUGUUACGCGCUUAUUACUUUUUGCGACUCAACGGUAUUGUACAUUUUAUUAACAAAUCGUCAAAGUACCAGACACCAACAUGUCGCAGUACAUCGAUUCUGAAGCCGAAGAGAGUGAGGAGGAAAUGAUGGAAACUAAAAGAAAAAUGAAAAGAAUCUCUUCAGACGAAAGCUCUGAAGACGAAGAUGAGGACAUGGAGGAAGUCAAGGAUUUGAUCGAUGAUCGUCCUAUCGAGGAAGACGACAGCGACAACUCCUCCGACGAUGACGAUGGUUCUCCAAACGCAAAAAGAAAGAGAACGGAUGAUGACUUCGAUGACCGUCUAGAUGAGGAAGACUACGAUGUCAUCGAGGAGAAUCUUGGUGUUAAAGUUGAAAGAAAACGCUUCAGACGUUUGAAAAAGAUUCAAGACGAGGAAUCUGAUAAUGAACAAGACAUGGAGGCAGAUGAUGAAAGAAACGCUAUAGCUAAUCAAUUGUUUGAAGCUGGCUCAGGCGACGAAGAUGAAAAGAGCUCACCUAGCAGACGCGAUAAGAACGAAACCGAACAGUACGACGAUGAAGAGGCCGAGGAAGAAUCUGACGCUGAUGACUUCAUCGUCGAUGAUGAUGGAAAACCACUGAAAACGCAUAAGAAGCGUCCACGAAUUUUCGCUGAUUCUGCCCUCCAAGAAGCUCAAGACAUUUUUGGAGUUGAUUUUGAUUACGAUGAAUUGGCUAAAUUUGACGGAGAUUAUGACGAAGAUGAAGAUGAAGAUGAGGAAGACGAGUAUGCAGACGAAGAUGAAGUAGGACGCACCAAAAAGUCUAAAAAAGCCUCAAGACGCAAAGGAACUAAAAAGAGUAUCUUCGACAUUUAUGAGCCAAGCGAAUUGAAGCGAGGACAUUUUACUGACUUGGACAAUGAGAUUAGGGGAACAGAUAUUCCAGAGCGAAUGCAAUUGCGAGUCGUACCGGUAACUCCAGCAGACGAAGCCGAGCUAAAAGAGGAAGGUAAAUGGAUCUAUGAGCAGGCUUUCGUUAAAAAGACUAUUAGCAUCCAAGACGACCACUUGACACCGGAAGCCAAAGAAGCUGCAGUUAAGAAAUCGUCAGCAAUUCAAAAAAUUGUCACAGCACUCGAUUUCAUGAGAAAUCAGUUCAUGGAAGUUCCAUUCAUUGCAUUCUAUCGCAAAGAAUAUUAUCUUACUGAUUUAAACAUGAACGAUUUGUGGAAGAUAUAUAAGUAUGAUGCUAAAUGGUGUCAAUUGAACUCGAGGAAGAAAGCCCUCAUCAAACUCUUUACAAGAAUGAAGGAAUAUCAAACCAUGAAAUUAUCACAAGACAAAGAUGCUCCAUUACCUGAAAAUAUUCGUAUCUUUGAUGAUAAUGAUUUGCAGUUCCUCAACGGUGUUCAAAACAUCGAAGAACUGAAUGAUUGCUACAAUCAUUUCAUGCUUUACUAUCAUGAAGAUGUGCGUCAAAUGCAACAAGAGGCAAAAAAGUAUAAUAAAGAAAAGAAGAAGCAAGAAAGACAAGAAAGACGUAAAAAGUUAAUUGCUGAAGCAGAGGAAAAUGGGGAAGAACCACCACCUGAGGAAAUAGAAGAAGAUGAAGAUGAUGCUGCUGAAGAAACAUUAAAACAAGCAGCUCGUACUGGUCCAUAUGCUCUAUGCAAAAAAGCUGGAUUAGAACCUUUUGCAAAAAGGUUCGGAUUGACUCCAGAAGAUUUUGCAAUUAACUUGAGCGAAGAGUAUGGCACCAAAGAGGUUGAACAAGAUCCAAUGGAAGCUAGUGAAAUAGCCAAGCAGUACCUUGGAAAGAAAUUCCAAACAACUGAAGAGGUAUUAAAAGCAGUUACCUUGAUGGUAGCUAUUCAAUUGUCUCGUCAGCCAUUGCUCAGAGAAUCUGUACGUAAACUGUACAGAGAUAAAGCGACUAUCACCGUCAAGCCUACAAAAAAAGGCCUUAAAAUGAUUGAUGAAAGCCAUCCGAUUUACAGUAUGAAGUAUCUCAAAGAAAAACCUGUUAAAGAAUUAAAGGGGGACGAAUACUUGAAAUUGUUAGUGGCGCAAGAAGAUAAACUUAUUGAACUUACUUUUUCCGAUAAGUUCCAAACUCAUGGAAACACAAACUACAUUGAUCAUGUAGCUUCUCUUUAUCAGAGAGAUGAAUUCAGUAAAAAUGUUCAAGAAUGGAACACGUUACGUAAAAAUGCAGUCAAUUUAGCUUUGUCAGAUAUGGUCAUUCCAGAUUUAAAAAAAGAACUGAAGGCUAUACUGCUAAGCGAAGCUAAAGACUGUGUGCUCAGACAUUGUACAAGAAAAAUGUACAAUUGGAUCAAGCAUGGUCCAUACAAAGUAGACAAAAAUGAUUUUGAAGAAUCAGACGAAGAGUGGUCGACCAGCAAAGGAUUAAGAGUCAUGGGACUCGCAUAUGUUCCGGACUUUUCAGUUGCCGCUUUUGCAUGUCUCGUCACGCCAGAUGGAGAUUGCAGUGAUUACCUCAAGCUUCCACAUAUUUUGAAAAAGAAAAAUAGCUACAGAGAUAAUGAAAAGCAGUUAAAAAUGGCAGAUUUGCGGUCACUAAGAAACUUCAUUGAAACCAAAAAGCCCCAUGUCAUUGUAAUCGGGGGUGAAUCAAGAGAAGCCACCAUGAUUGCCGAGGACCUGAAGGAAGUUGUUAAUGGUUUGAUGGUCGACGAACAGUUCCCGAAGAUAGAAGUAGAAAUAAUCGAGAACGAAUUGUCGUUUGUUUAUGCUAACAGCAACAAAGGCGUAGCUGAAUUCCGCGACUAUCCAGAUCUCUUGCGACAGGCAAUUUCAUUGGCUCGUCGCAUGCAAGAUCCUCUGGUCGAAUUUUCUCAAUUGUGCAACGCAGAUGACGAGAUUCUUUGUUUAAAGUACCACCCAAUGCAAGAUCAGAUAUCAAAAGAAGACUUACUUGAAGGUAUUCAUCAAGAAUUCAUUAACCGCGUAAACGAAGUUGGUGUAGAUAUAAAUCAGGUAGUUUUGCAACCCUACUACACGAAUCUGGUACAGUUCAUCUGUGGUCUUGGACAACGAAAAGGACAAUACUUGAUAAAAAUGUUGAAGCAAACCAAUCAGCGACUAGAGAACAGGACUCAACUGGUCACAUCAUGUCACAUGGGCCCAAAGGUCUUCGUCAAUUGUGCUGGAUUCAUCCGUAUCGAUACCAAUAGCCUUGGGGACAGUACUGAAGCCUAUGUUGAGGUACUCGAUGGCUCGCGAGUCCAUCCCGAGACUUACGAGUGGGCACGAAAAAUGGCUGUCGACGCUCUAGAGUACGAUGAUCAAGACGCAAAUCCAGCCGGUGCCUUGGAAGAAAUUCUCGAAGCACCCCACCGAUUGAAGGAGUUGGACUUGGACGCUUUCGCCGAGGAGUUAGAGAGACAAGGCUUUGGUAACAAAGGUGUCACUCUGUACGAUAUCAGAUCCGAGCUAGAUGACAGAUACAAAGACCUGCGACCUCCUUUCCAGUCGUACACACCAGAUCAGCUUUUCACCGCGCUAGUGAAAGAAACUCCAGAAACUUUUUAUGUCGGUAAGCUCCUGGAAGCGACAGUAAUCGGCAUCAGUUAUCGCAAACCAAAAGGAGAUCAACUAGAUCAAGCCAACCCAGUGCGCAACGAUGAGACAGGCCUAUGGCAGUGCCCGUUCUGUUUGAAGAAUUCAUUCCCUGAAUUAUCCGAGGUCUGGAACCACUUCGACGCUGGCUCUUGCCCUGGAAAAGCUGUCGGCGUUAGAUUGAGGCUCGAUAAUGGCCUCUCUGGAUAUAUUAACAUUAAAAAUUUAUCCGAUAAGCACGUCGACAAUCCUGAAGAGCGCGUUCGAAUCGGACACAGAAUUCACGUUCGAGUAAUAAAAAUCGAGCCAGAAAGAUUCGGUUGUGAGUGCACUAGCCGAGGCAGCGACUUACAAGACGUCAAUAAAGAGUGGAAGCCACAGAAAGAUCUAUACUAUGACACAGAAGCCGAAAAGGAGGACAUAAAAAAAGAAGAAGACUUGAAAAAAGGGUCACAGCGCCAAGUUUACGUGACUCGAGUAAUCAUUCAUCCUUCCUUCAAAAACAUAACAUAUAUAGAUGCAGAAAAUUUGAUGGCAACCAUGCAACAGGGCGAAGCAAUCAUAAGGCCAUCGAGUAAGGGCGAAGACCAUCUUACAGUUACGUGGAAGGUGGCUGAAGGCGUUCAUCAACAUAUUGAUGUGCUCGAAAAGGGAAAAGAAAACAAAUAUUCUUUGGGCAAAAGUUUGUUCAUUGGCAACGAAGAAUUCGAGGAUUUAGAUGAAAUAAUCGCUCGCCACAUCAAUCCAAUGGCAGCGUUCGCCAGUGAGCUGAUCGAAUACAAAUACUACAAGCCACAGGUGUUGGGGAACUAUGAGAAAGCGGAAGAAAUCCUACGUCAAAUGAAAAAAGAGAAUGAAAAUUCCAUUCCAUACAUCUUAUCAGCGUGCCAAAAAGAACCCGGUAGAUUUCUAUUGUCGUACCUUCCACGAGAGAAAUGCGGCCAUGAAAAGAUUCAGGUAUCACACGAAGGUUACGAAUUCCGGCUUAAACGCUUCCAGAGGGUGAUGGACUUGAUUCGCUGGUUCAAAGAACACUACAGAGAUCCCAUCCCUGGCAAAGCAACGCCAGCCAGCAGCACCCCACGCGCUUUCCCCACGACGCCAGCACUCAACGUCGUUAACGGUGUCAGCACUGACGCGAUACAGCGAGUGGCACAGAACAUGCCAAGGCAACUUUACAAUCAGUUAUCACAAGUGGCUACCAAUGCAACGCCACAUUACACACCAUACGUCACACCUUACCAGACUCCGGUGAAUCCAACUCCGAGGUACGGAGAAAACACACCAAGCAGCACCACACCGCAUCAUCAUCACCAUCACCAUCAUCAAUAUGCUGGUAGCAAUGCCCCUGAUGAUUGGAGAAAAGCUGCCGAGGCCUGGGUGGUAAACAAGACAACAACUCCUGUUUAUAGAUCUUCGAGCACGCCUAGACCAUUUAAGCAUCCAUACAAAUCACCAAGAGGGACACCACACACGAACUCGAGCCCUCGCAGUAUGUCCCUUAGUGGCGACGGUACUCCCUUGUAUGAUGAGAGUUAAUGAAAUUUCAUUAACAACUGUAUAUUUAUGUAAAUGUUAGGUUUUAGUUUAAAAGUUAAAUGUUAGUAACUAAUAAGAAAUUGUAAUACCGAGAGUAUUUGUAUAAUUACUCCUAAAAUAAAUUUUGUUUAAAAGUUAUGUACUCAUUGGGUAAUAGACAAAAAAAGAUUGUAAAGAAUUAUUUGAACAUCAUGUUCUAAUAGAUUCUGAUAUUACUUAAGAUUCAUAGGAUAAUUAGUAAAUAAGAAAGUAAGAAAGAUUUAGUUUUUUAAAUUGGAUACACGCAAUAUUGUGGAAAAAACUUAAAAAUUUCAAAAUAAAAAAAAAAGAUAAAAAUUAA